AUGUCGUUUUCUUUUGGUUCAAAUAAUACUCAAAGUACUCCUUUUGGAAGUGCUGCAAAACCAACAUUUUCUUUUGGUAGCACAAACACUGCCUCCACAACAACAGCUGGAUUUGGCGGUUUUGGAACGACUACUUCUUCGUCCGGAUUUGGUUCGUUUGGCUCAACAACUGCCAACACAGCAACACCAUUUGGAUUAGGGACCACACCAGCUACAACUACUCCAUCAUUGUUUGGGGGAACAGGAUUUGGAACUACAGCUAAACCUGCUACAGGUUUUGGCACCGGCUUUGGAACCAAUACAUUUGGUGCUGGCACCAGCUUUGGGACUGGCACUUCAACAUUUGGCAGUGCUGCUCCAACAUUUGGAACAAAUACUUUAGGUUCAAAUACUUUCGGUACUUCUACAUUUGGAACGGGAUCUACAUUUGGCACAGCCUUUGGAACUAAACCUGCUACCACUGGAUUUAGUGGAUUUGGUGCUGGUCUUGGCACUACUACUGGAUUUGGACAACAACCACAGCAACCGCAGCAACAACAACAGCAGGGUCCAGCAACGGCACAUGAAGCACUUGUUGCAGCAGUUUUUAAUUGCUGUGUCUUUGGAGAUGAGAGGGAUCAAGUGCUUGCCAAAUGGAAUCUUUUACAGGCUCAAUGGGGUACAGGUCAGGCAUAUUACAGUCGAAAUGCUCCUGCAUUAGAGCUGAACGAACAGAACCCAUUGUGUCGUUUUAAAGCUGUUGGAUAUUCUCGACUGGCUGGGAAAGAAGACAAAGAUGGCCAUGUAGCUAUGUUAUUUAAUAAACCAGAGCAAGAAAUUAAAAAUAAUCAACAAGCAUUCAUAACAAUGGUGUUUGGACUUCUUGGUAGCAAACAAAAUCUAGCUGUCAAUAUAGAGUCUAUCAAACCAAUAUCAGAAAAUAAAACCCAGGUAGUGAUUUACGUGGUGGACAAAAAUGCGGGUGGAGCUCAUGUAUCGGCUUCGGAACUCGGCUCGUUUUUAGGGAGCGGCAACGCCCGCUCUGCAUUGACGUCCUCGGGCUGCGCUACAGUCACGCCGGCCACCAAGCCCACACCACAGAUGUUAGAACAAUAUCUUCAAACAUCGCCCCCUGGUAUGGACAUGCGGCUGUGGAAACAAGCGCAAGUUGAUAAUCCCGACCCAGAUAACUACAUUCCUGUACCUAUUAUUGGAUUUACAGAGAUAAAAUUCCGAGCGCGAUGCCAGGCGGAGCAGGCGGGGCUGCAGGCGCGCUGGCUGCGCGCGGCGGGCGACACGCUGGACGAGCUGCGCACGCGCCGCGCCGCUGCCGCAGCUAACCUGGCGCAGCUGGCCGCGCGCCUGCACGCACUGCGCCAUCUGCUGCUGCAGGUGAUUGCACGGAAGGAGGUAUUGGGGCGUGUGGGCGCGCCAUUAAGUCCCGAGGAAGAAGCCGUGCGCGCGCGACUGCACGAGCUGUCCUCGCAGGUGGCCGCGCCGCCGCUUUUCAAUGGUCGUUUGAACGAGCUCCUGUGCGCGGUUAGACUUCAGCGCAGUGCCAGUGCAGGCGCACCACAGGAGCGCUAUCAUUUAGAUCCAGGUGCGCAAGAAGACGUGAAGCAGUUUUUGACGCUGCAGCAGCGUGGAAUGGCACACUUGAUGGAUACUGCGCGGAAGGACCUCGCCGCUCUCAACACGAUUGCGGAAGGCAUGUCUCGUCUUGUGCAGGCAUAG